AUGUUCAUGCUCUUUAGAUUAAUAUUCCUGUUUCUUAUUAGUAAAUCACUUUUUUCAGUUAUGGCAGAUUUAGAGGCUAAAUUGUUGUCUGGUGAGUCGCCUGGAUAUUGUAGUAGCAGCGAUGAAGAAAAAAUAGAAUGUGAAAAUCAUUCAACAAUAUGCGACAACAAAAAAACGAAUUUGGGCAAGAAGUCAUUACAUAGAAACACACAUAAUACAGGACCGAAAGGCGUUUUAGCAGACUAUAAAUUAUACAAAACGCAGACUCAAAAGGACGAACAACAACAGUAUGAACUGAUUGUACAACAAGCCAAGUACUGCACUCUGAAUGAACCCUUAAAUUGUGAAUUAGAAGAGUUCAGAAGAAGAAGGCUAACUGAAAUGCAGGAGAGUUUAUGCGCUAAAGGUAAAAUUGAAGAAUUUAUAAAAAAGGAACAAUAUCUUGACUUUACUGAGUCAAACCGAGAUGUUUGGGUUCUUAUUCAUAUUUAUAGUAACAGUAAUGACGGCUGUAUAACACUGAAUAAAGUUUUCAACACGCUAGCUGUAAACUAUCCAACAGUGAAAUUGGCAAAAGUUUUACCGUCAGUGCUUGAUAUGUCAUCUCGUUUCGAGAUGAAUGCUCUUCCUACGUUACAAGUAUUCUGGAAUGAUGUACUUAUUGGUAAUUUUGUUUGUCUUUCGAAACUUCUAGGAGAGCAAUUUACUGUACAUCAAUUAAUGAACUUUUUAGACAAGUAA